AACAUGUACUCGAUCAGAAGAAUAUCAAGGUGAUAUACAGCAGCAAAGUCUGUGGCUGGGUUACCACAGGGACAUAAGAGACCUUUUGUGAGCUCUUUUAAGGCCACAACUGCGUUAGCGGGUUAUCAGAAGCCCAUGAGGAGUAUUUCUAUAGGUGGAAUCGGGAAAUCUAAGCCACUUACUCUUUUUAGCCAGGUUUCACACAGACAGUUUUCAAGUUCUGAAGAGAACAAAGACGGCUUUGGCAUCUUUGGUAAAAACCCAGAGGAAGAGGAAGAUAGAAAAGAAGCUAUUAAUAAAAUUAGCUUGAAAUUGGCCCAGACCAAAAGCUCUCAAGAGGUGUUGAACAUUUUUCAAACAGAUUACAUAAAAGCGCAGAAAAAUCAGAUCUAUGUUGAGGAACUAAUCUUGAUGCUCCAUUUUAUCGUCAGACAUAUGGGUGAAGUUACAGGAGAUACUAGACUCAAUAUCCUCCUUAACGUGAUGUUCGCACAUUUCGAAAACGUCAGCUAUGAAUACUGCGCCACAACUAUCUCAUGUCUUGGCUUUCUAGUAAAUUUGAAAGGACUUGGAAUAGAGCUUGAAAUGAAGAAGAAAGUAUUGAAUGAAAUUCUAGGUAGAGAAACACCCAAGGAGCUGAUCCCAACUAUUCCAACCCUGGUAUUCUCCCUUUCAACAUUCUUCCAUCCUCAUGAGAUUGAUGGUGAUGUCCAAAAAGCAGUAAAAGAUUGAGUAGAGACUUAUAUAAUCGAAGGUGUCGAGAUGAUGGAACCAGCCCAUGCUGCUACUCUUUUGACAGCUAUUGUAAAAACUAACAGUAGAGGUAACCCUCAUGACCAGGAAGUAGUAGACACGAUCAUGACUCAGUUAGAGAGACCCAAGUUCUUUGAUGAUGCACAUGAGAACGAAUUGAUCAAUAUUUUGGUCCCCAUUGUUGAACUAGGAAAGCCAAGUGAGAAAUUACUUGACUCUAUUCAUGAGUGAAUCAUGGCUAAACUAGAUAGAAUUGAUGGAUAUAAUACUUGUAUGCUAGCGCAGGCGUAUGCAAGGAUCGGUUCUCAGAAUAAUAAAUAUUUCAAGGACAUAGCUCCACAUUUAUUAAGUGUGUACAGAACACAAGGGAAUAUCUUUGAUUCUAUUCUGUAUGAAAACCAAUGGCUUACAAUUGCUACUUUUAAAGAAAAAGGAAAUGAUACUAUUUCAGAUCUUACUAAUGCUCUAAUGGAUGUGAUGGAUAAUCAGCAUGACUUCUCAUUUAGUGAUCUACAUGGAUAUGAAGCCACUAAUAUUCUUGUUGGGGUAGCUUCUUUGGAAGUUAAAAACGUGAAUUUCAUCAGGAAUAUUGUGAGUGUAAUUACACAUCAUUUGAAGUCAAUUCCAACUUCUUAUUUGAUCAACACUGCUAGAACUUCCUUCUAUUGACUCCAGUUUACUGAGUUUUCUAUCUUCUACUCACAAGUUCAUGAUGAGCUUGUUAGCAGAAGAAAAAACAUGAGCGAUGAAGAUAAGAGAGAUUUAAAGAGCAUUUAUAAAGCUCACAAUGAAAUCCCUGAUAGCCCAUUUGUUAAAUAGAGAUAUGAUAUCUGGUUAUAUUUUCAAUAUGGUU